AUGGCCAAGGCAAAGCCAAGGCCAAGGUGUCGGCCUCGCCUUUCCCGACCCCCCUCCGCGACCGUUCCCGAAGGCUCCGCCCACAGCCGUGUGGCGCCGUAUUCCGAUCGCGCAGACGAUAUGUCGCGCGGCGCCGGGUCGGACGUUUCGACUAAAAACAGAGGCGAACGGCGGAAUCGACUCGGUGGGCCUCUGUUUCCUUCCCGCCGCCACCUACCACUGGCUAUGGCUCCGCCCGCGAGCACGAGGGAUGCAGCCACUGAGCGCGCGCUGGACGAGGAGUUUACACGUAUCACGUCGUGCUGCUACUACCGCGCGCCAACUGGGAGGGCGAGGAGAGAGGUGGGAAGGGAGGCGGCACCGGACUUGGUCAUGAUUCUCGGAUGGGCGUAUGCUACCCUCAGGCCUGUCUCGCACUACUCGCGGAAGUACGCGGAAAUGUACCCCGGCGCUGCACAGCUGGUCCUCACGUGCGACACGACCGCGUUUGGGCUGGGCACGUUUGCGAUGAAUAUUGCGCGAAUGCGGCCUGUGGUCAACUUCCUGCACGACCUUUUCCGUCUCGAAUACGAGGGGGAGGCGCCGAAACGAUGGAUGGUGCAGUGUAUGUCGAGCGGCGGCCUGAUGCAACUCCAUUGGCUAACGCUCACGCUCAAUCACCUACACAACACUGGCGCGCUCCAUCCGGCCAGUAUAAACUCGCCACAUCGCACGCUCCUUCUCCCCGCCCUCCCCCCGCUGCCGACCCUUACCAUCCUCGACUCCGCCCCGUCCGUGGCCGACAUCUCUGAAUUCUGGGAAGGCGCGGGUUACUACUCCGUCCGCCGACUCGGAGAGGCUACCGCAUUGUACUACGCGAAUCGCACGCUCGCUGUCUGCGGUCUCCGGCCCGAGCUGUCGGCCUUCAUCGGGGACUUCGUCGCCGGGGAGCCCGAGGGCGAUAUUACCCUCAUGGCGGGGGCAGGCGGAGCAACGGCCCGAUACGCGUAUGCAUGGCACCCGCUCAGCCGCACGGUCCCCCGGGUGUACUUCUACUCUGACGUCGACCGUGUCGCGCUGUUGCCGCGCGUCAAGGCACAUAUAGCGCAGAUGCGCGCUACGGGUGUCCCGGUUGUGCGGGAGGAGUUCUUUCGCGGGACGGCGCAUGUUAGUCAUGCGCGGCGCUAUCCCGAGCGGUACUGGCGCGCGGUGGCAGGGGCGUGGAGGGCUGCGUGUACGGCGGGGAAGAAUGUGGUGGAGGAGGCAGAGAUGGCGUGGGAUGAAUCAGAAGUGUCGAGUGGCAAAAAAGACUGGCGGGGCUCUGGGGCUGAAGACUUGCAAGCAAGAGCAAAGUUGUAA